UGGAGAGAUAUUAGCGUUAUUAGACGAGAAAAAAAGGCGCGAAAUCCCGACCGUCACUUGUUUGGGCUCAGUGUUUACUAGAGAGGUGUGGUGGACGGAGCCAGACGCCAGAUGCUGUGAGCCAUGGAGGACAUCUUCCACUGGUGUCGUGAGGGGAACACGGUGCAGGUGCGGUUGUGGCUGGACGACACAGAGCACGACCUCAAUCAAGGAGACGACCAUGGAUUCUCACUGCUGCACUGGGCCGCCAAGGAGGGUCACCUGGGUAUUGUGGACAUGCUAGUGGUCAGAGGUGCCCGCAUUAACCCCACCAACCUCGGUGACGACAUACCGCUCCACCUGGCCACUGCACAUGGGCACAGGGAUGUUGUCUCUGUGCUGCUGCGACACAGGGCAGACGUCAACUUCAUCAAUGAGCACGGCAAUACUCCACUGCACUAUGCCUGCUUCUGGAGCCACUCACAGAUUGCUGAGGAUCUGGUUCAAGCUGGUGCCUCUGUGUCCAUCAUCAACAAGUAUGGGGAGGUGCCACUCGACAAGUGCCGUGGUACCAUGGCCAAGAAGCUUCACACCAUGGCCGUGGAUAGCGGACAGAACCUUGAGAAAGUCGCCUUCAAGGACCAGAGUUGGCUGGGGCUAAAGACUCGAAGCCGAGAUGCCACACUUUCCCGCCACAAGGGCAUCAACAUCAGUGAACUGGCCCUGCACACCAAGAUGGCUGUGAGUCCCUCUGGGGAGCUGUGGAAGGGCAAGUGGCAAGGAAAUGAGAUUGUGGCCAAGAUCCUCACCCUCAGGGAAUGUUCCAGCCGCAUCUGUCGUGACUUUAAUGAGGAGUUCCCCCGUCUGAGAAUAUUCUCACACCCCAAUGUGCUGCCUGUGGUUGGAUGCUGCAACAGUCCCCCAAACCUGGUGGUGAUAACGCAGUACCUCCCACUGGGCUCACUCUUCAACAUUCUGCACCAGGAGAGCAAUUUCGUCGUUGACACAGCCCAGGCUCUCAAGUUUGCUCUAGACAUUGCUCAGGGCAUGGCUUUCAUCCACUCCCUUGAGAAGAUGGUGCCUAAUCUGUACCUCUCCUCCAAGCAUGUCAUGAUUGACGACGACCUCACAGCUCGCAUCAGCAUGGCAGACGCUAAGUUUUCAUUCCAGGAGCGAGGGAAGGUAUAUUCCCCGCAGUGGUUCUCACCUGAAGCCCUCCAGAAAAAACCCAAAGAUCUGAAUGUGAAGGCAGCAGACAUGUGGAGCUUUGCAGUGACUCUGUGGGAAAUGGCAACCAGGGAAGUGCCAUUUGCUGACCUCACCCCCAUGGAGGCUGGCAUGAAGAUAGCAUGUGAGAGCCUGCGUGUGAGUGUUCCCCCAGGUAUCUCCCCCCACAUCUCCAAACUCAUCCGUAUUUGCAUGAACGAGGACCCAGGAAAGAGACCAUCCUUUGACAUGAUCAUCCCUAUCCUGGAGAAGAUGUGCUCCCAGUAACAGUCCUCUCAUUCCAUCGUGAAGGCUCUCGGCAGGUGUGGCUGUGAGAUCUGUGUGGUUACUUGUUCAUACCAGUGUAGGGUUUGGAGUAUGUUGUGAAGAAUGUUGUGUACACCUCAUGAUUCAGGGCUCUGCUAAGAUCCCUUUUACAUGUUUAAAAGAAGGGACAUAUAUAUAGCAGAUGGUCAAUACAUGCACCAGUUCAUAGUUCUGUGUGUGUUUCAGACCAUGCAAACAAAUGGUAAUGAUAGACUCGUGUACCUGUCACUGAGUCCUGUAGUACACUAGUGUGAGUGCUACAUGUGCUGUGAAGGGAGUGGAUAUAUUACAUGAGGUCCUCUCUGUGCACAUGAUUAUAAUUACUGUCAACAUUUGAAUGCUCAGUGUACACCAGUUGACUUCUUUCCUACAUCAGUCAACUACAGCCACUUUAAAAACUGUUGUAUGAUGAAGAGUGUGAUCAGAUAGAGAGCUUCAUUUACACUGUAUCUUGCUCAUUGAUGAAGGCUCGCUUACAGUGUCUAAAGUUGUAUCCAGUACAUCAAAAGCCUCAUGUACUCGUAUAUAUAAGUAUGCCAUAUUAAUAACUCACUGCCUGCAUAAAACAGAGGAAUUUUUGCACAGGACAAGUUGCAUUCAUAAAGAACAGCAAGGCAUUUUUAAAAUUAAGUUAAAUGAGGUGUACGUAUGAUGGAGAAUUCACAAAAAUUAAUAUAGAAUUUUGGAGAAUGCUAUAGAACUGCUGUGUCUGCCAUGCUAAGGAGACACUGCCAGAUCAAGGUGAGAAUCCAUGUGGUGAUUCUAAUGUCCACCAGAAAGCAAGAAUCAGUAAAAUCUUGCCCUGGUACAUGCCAUCUUUUUAUCUUAUUCUACACUUGCCAUGUACUUCCAGCCACUUAUUUGUUAUUCAUUUUUGUCUUUUUUUUUUUAUUGUACUUGGUAUUUUUUGUCUGCUUUUCCAAAUUCAAGGUAGUCAGUGUGUCCUUUCAUUGGUUUUCUGUUACAUCGACUCUAUUUGUUUUUCUAUUUAUUAAUUUACUAUUUUUAUCUUGUCUCUAAUUUUUGCAUCCAUGUUGAGUGCAAUAAGAUUUGGUAUUACAUUACUGUGGACCAGCAGAAAUUUUGUCAUGGAAAACUAAAUCUGUGGAGGACACAAAUGUAUAUACAUCUUACUAAGGCAAAAUUUCUAAAACCUCUUGACAGCAAUACAUAACUCCUCUUUGUUAAUGUAGUUAGGCUUUGCCAAAAAUGAUUAAUUUAACACUCUUCAAAGUGCAUUAUUGUACAAGUCAUCACAUAGGUAAUGUAGCUAGUUCAAGGAAGAGCAAAUUACAUAUAUAGUAUAUAUAAACAUAUAUAUAUAAUAUAUAUAUAUAUUUUCUUGUCAGUCUAAUUUAAUGUUUGUAAUAAGGUGGAGUCAUGAUUUUAAUAGAAAGAAGUAUAUAAGUUUCAUAUUUUGAAUUAUGGCAUACAUAUAUAUUUUUUCUAUAUUUUAGGUCUGAUCAUGUUUAAUAGAUAUAAAAUUAACAUACAGCAUCCUAAAAAGUAGUGUAUAAUCAUCCUAAUAAGCUCUCUUCAUGUAGAUAAUAGAAUCAUAAAUUUAGAGAACAAAUUUGUGUCUGCGGACGAGACACUCAUAACUAACAAGUGGUAUUCCACUGAGGUGAGAGGAAUGACCUUGUUUGUGUGCCAAUUAACUGUGUUCUGGUAUUGUGAGGCUGCAGUGUGUUGCAGUAGUUCAACAUAUAGCAGUGUAUUGUGAGGUCUUGCUCUUCUCUCUCAUCUAGGUGCAAACACGCAUGUAUUUCAAAGGAAGCACCAUUUUAUCCCGUUCAGCAUCCCACCGCUAAUAGCAGUCUUGUGGUUGUCUUGAUGGGUGAAAUUCUUUAAGCAGAAAGUACCUUAAUCUGCCUGGGAAGGACACCAUCAUCUGGCAAUUAGUGGAGUUAUUGUAUAAAGUAAUUUACAAACUUCUCUGCACACUUCUCCACAUUUUAGUGUCCCUGUGUAUAGCAUGAUCUCGCUGUGAAGUGCAGUCCCUUUACAGUCAUCACUCAGUACCAGUAAUGUUAAGACUAUUUGCUUCCAUAUAUCUGCUGAAUAGUUGCCAAGAAUCUGGUAAAACCUCAUUCUGGUGAUUUCAGGGAGCAAAGACGUCAUAUGACGUUCAGCUGCUGUGUCUGAACCUAAAGUUUAAACAUUUGACUUCUUGUGAAAUCCAAGAUAUCAUGCAAGACUUCUGCUCUACUUGGAUCACUAGAGUGGGAUUUAUGCUAAUGUUUCGGUCCAGUCCCUUGCUGCUUUGUAUGUCUCAUGUGUGCAUUUGUUUGAGUUUGUGGGAUGCAUGGUUGUGUACAUGUGUAUGUGUGUUGCAUGUGAGGAAGCAGAGUGAAAGAUUCAUAUGUAUAUCUUAACCACUAAUAAUGCCAUCACUAGACAGGAUAUGGGAUGGGGAACAGGAAUCAAAGUUUUGCCCGGUUUCAUGGAACUUGCAUCCUUAUUUAAAUUCACACCUUCUUGGGUGAGUAAAUGGAUGGAGAAGAAUGCCGUUGGAGCAUGUCCGUCACAUCGUGCUACUCUUGUUUAUAGCAUUGUAAGGUAUAUUUACAUCAUUAUUUGCGCCAUUAUAUCAUGCACAACCCAUCUGUUUGAUUACCAUUCAUACUCAUAAUUGUAUUUGUUUUUUUCCAAACAAACGAUUCUCUCGUAAUGAAAAUUAAUGUGUUUUGUGUUGUCCUUAAAGUAAUUCCUUGUUUCAUUAGAUUUGCAGUUCAGAUUAUCAUAAUUGAUUUUCACCCAGACAUGAUGUUAUCAGAUAUCUCCUUUGUCAUUUCCUUUGUAGCUGUGGGUGUGGCUGGCAUGCCAAGGGUAGUCCAUCAGAGGCAGUCCCAUGUUAGGGUCUAGGGAAGGUGGCAGCGUAGCGUAGCCUCCUUGAGUUUGGUCUUGUCUUAGUCGCCUUACGUUACUUUAAUGAAAAAUGAGAACAUCACACGUUAUCUAUGCAACUUGUAAUAUAAUAGUACUUCUCUCAACUUUUAUUUCAAUACCAUAGUCUUAUAUUAUAAUAUACUACUAUCGCCUCCAUAGAUGGUGCAGGAAUGGAAGGUCGCUUGCUACCUGAUUGAUUGUCUAGAGCUACAGUGCAAAAGAUAAUUAUUUGCUGUUGUGAGUUUCAAGUGUUGUCCCGAGUCUUGUCUUGCCUCACUUCUGCUCAUCUAUGGAACAAACAAUGCUUUAGGUUUAGUCAACUGCAUUUAGAGCAACCUCCAGCAUAACUGACACAAAGUCACAUAGCACAAAGGUCCAUAUUUUCAAAUGUUUUGAUAGCUUACCACCACUACUUUCAGUAGGCUGUAGUGGAAGUGAUAGGGAGGUUUUCAGGAGGGUUUUCAUGAUUCUAGUGAUAGCUUUACAAAAUUUCUGCACCAUCAGUGGUAAGGAUGUCAUGAGAACCCAACUAAUUAUCUCUGACCUUUGAAAAUUAUUCUCAUGAGAACCUAAAGCAUUUGAAAAUAUGAGCCUUAGUAUUAUAGCAUAUGCUAAGUCGUAUUGUGAAGUGUGCACCCAUAAAAUAAUGCUGUGUUUUAUGUGUAUGUAAUCUAUAUCUAUCCAACUGGAUGCCUUAUUGCAUUUGCAGUGAUUUGCUUUCUUCCAUUGCAAGUGAUGAAUUGUGGUGCUAUUUUUACAUGAUAAUUCACAAGAAAGUAAAAGGAAAAGAAACUUACCACAUGCCAUACUGGUUAUAAUGGCCCCUGAAAUAAAGAAGUACUGUCAAGUAACCCCUACAAUAUAAAGUUAAACAAUAUAUUUUACAUACAGAGCAAAGACUAAUGAAUAACUUUGUCCCUGCUACAGAGAGUUAGUCAUGAUAAAAAAAAUCAAGUAGCCUGCCACACUCACCUCCGUGUUCAACAUUUUCCUUCCAUCUUGACCCCUGACACCUGCAAAGAAUCUAUUAGGAUCAGGAUUUCCUUCUAGAUAGCAGCAGAUCAAUGGUUAGGAUGGAGAAAAAGCAAAGCACAGAAAAUUAAUGCAGACAGUUACCUGACAUGUGACCUCAACUGCACCAAGUGUUAUGGUUGGUGAAGGUGGAGGAUUUAGGUGGCUGGUAUUAAUCCCAUUAAUAAUAACUACAUGUACUAGUCUGCCAGCCUCGCUCCUCUGCCUGGAAUUUCAUGUCCAUCAUGACUAGUGAAGUAUGUAUGAAGUUUCCACAAGCUUAGAUAAUAUGUCCCUCAGAAAGAGGGAUAAAACUAAGCUUGAUCUCUUCAUUUAAAAUCAAUUGUACUUACAUACUGAUAACUUCAUUUAUGCAUGUAUUAACCUCUGCAUGUGAAAUUUCUUACUUAUCAUUUGCAGUUCAAACUCAAUUUAGAUUGAAAUAUUGUCAGAACUUAACAGUUCACAUUAUUUCAAGGAAUAUAUUUUUGUUGAAUAUGUUAUGUGAGAAAUUCAACAUCAAAUUAAAUUCAAAAUUUUCAGUGAUGUAUAUUCUGUUCUGUGGAUUUUUGCAUUUAGUCAUUUAGUAACUAGCAAGACAGACUUAAGUAAUAGUAAGGAGUAAUUAUGGAUUAGUCAUUGUGUAAUGUUAUAAUGGUAUUGUAUGGGCAGUAUAAACUGAUCUAAGUGACAGGUUCAUCAUGUUUGGUUUUAUGAGGUGCCUUGUGAAUUUAGUAUGUAUUCCAUUCACCUUACAUCUUAACUAAUUAUUUGUAUUGCUAUUUUUUAUCACUAUUAAAUUUAAUUCUAUAUGAUUCAUAUAUGUAUUAGUGUUUGAGAACAUAUAUAGCACAAUUAUGAAUCGGCUGUGUAGUAAUCUUAAAAGGUUAUAAGGCACUGUGAAAUUGGCCUUAGUGACAAAUUGGUACUAAAAUUAAUUAACCAGCAGGAUGAACAACUUUACCAGCAAGUUAACCCUCUCACCAGGCUAACACUUGCAUGUAGUGUACACAGGCUGGGUGUCUCUGUGGGGCUUUGUUCUCCUCACAACCUUGUAGUCAGCUGAGCAACAGACCAAUCUAACUGUGACGUGCAUGUAAUAGUCAUUGGCCUUGUUUCAGUAUUUGCUAGCAGAAGAGCUUGCUUUUGGUUUGGUGUUUAUGUAAGUUUCUCCAAAAUCUCUCUCCCCACAAAGGCAAAGAGGGAAAGAUUUUAAGUAUUUAUUAGCACUUUUUAUUACUAAAUAUUUUGCAUGUUAUUUUUAUGCCUAAUAAUCUUGAAUGAUAACUUUAAAUGCAAUUGAUGCUUUUAGUAAAAUUUUGUAUUAUUCAUGAUAUAGUUGUAUAUCUUUAGAAUGCUGAGGAAAGUACCUCUUCAGAAUUAUUAAACUUUCACAUCCUAGAAAUGUGAUGCCAAAUGCUAACAGUUUUAUGUCACAAGCUUUCAGACUUUAUUAUGAACGGAUCAGCAACAUUAUACUUUCACAAUUUCAUUCUGAAAAGUCCUGAUAAACACAUGAACAUGCCUCACAGUAUAAUAGAACACUCAGUGAAGAUACCAUCAUAACAGGGGUGAUAACAAAUAUAACUUAAAACAGACAAAUCUCUGGGUGAUUCUUACAUUAUGUACAGAUAUUUCAUUGCGGUCCAUGCUCAUGCAGUUAACCAAGAAUCAGAUAAAGGUUGUGCUUUUUUCUCAUGCUAUAGCAGUGAUGCAGAUAGGUAUCAAUUUCCAUUGUGAAUGUGGCAUCUUAAACUGUACCCAAAAGCAAAUGGGGCUCCAGUAAAUUUAAUCUUUACCCAUAAACCUUCACCUUUGUAAGAAAGCAAAAGUAUCUCUUCCAUGCCAUCGCCACACUUGGCCCAUUGAUUCUCGAGUGGCAGAAGCAGUCCGCCCUCACACUUGCGGUGGCUUGUGGCCGUGCCUUAAAUCUCUCGUCUCCUAGUGUAGGAUUCACGUGUCUGGCACCACUGCUGUUCUCUGAGGUGCUGUGACGUGUGGAUUUACUGUAGACUUUAGCCAUGUUCUAGAAAGCCUCACUUAGCACAAGGCUAACGAACACAGACUGAAAGCUGAGUCUACAGAUACAGUAUGAGUACUACCAGAUCAGCUUUGUUUACAUUCAGUUACUGUGUCUGUUUUACACUGUUUUAUUUGUUACUGAAGAUUCAGAGUUAAAAUCACACACAUAUUGUAGGAAGCUGAAUGCCUUUCAACAUAAUUCUUAUAAACUCAGUAUUUGAUGCUUUAUUAAUCACUCAUGCAUUCAUUUGUAUUAAUCUGGCUUGUUUCUAUGAAGAUCAGCUUUAAAAGUGUAUAAUCAGGUAGAGAUAAUGAUAAAUAUUACUUUUUAACUCAUUCUUACACUAAUACCAUUGAGUAAUUUGUCAUUUAUACUACAAAUCAACAGACAUGGCCAAGGUUUACUGUCAUUGUAUCCCAGUAGCCCUUAACAACCCCCAUUCAGUCCCCAAGGCAGUGAUGCGCCUCCCAACGUACCCACACCUGCACCCCAGAACACCUCCCUUCCCACACACCAGGAAUCUCUUCUGCUUUUGUGAUUUUUCUUGAAAGUGUUCUUAGUCAGUGCCUUUUGGAGGAAUAAUUUUUGUGGAUAUUCUCACAUCCCUUAAGCAGAUUAGCCUAGGCCAACACACACACACACACACACACACACACACACACACACACACACACACACAUUCACUUAUAGUUUUGUGUUCAGUGCGCAUGGAGUGUUUGUCAACUAAUAAUAUUAAGUUUGUGUAAAUCACUGCCAGUUUUAUGUUAAUGAAUGCCUGAACCAAAAUAUUGAUAUGUAUUCUAGACCACUUAAUAAAUGUCUGAAAUUAAAAA